UUUGCAAAUUUUCGACUGGCGCAGACGAUGAUUUUUGCCAUUGAAGAAAUAAAUCAGAAUAAGAAUCUCCUCCCGGGGAUCUCACUUGGGUAUCAGAUACACGAUGACUGCUCGUCCUCCGCGAUCGCCUCGAACGCUGCGCUCGCUUUGAUCAAUGGAGAAGACGAAUCAAUUGAAUUCCCUGAAUGCAGAGGUUCCUCCGACGUCGCUGCCAUUGUUGGCUGCGAUAUAUCUACAAAUUCCAUCGUAACCGCAAGGACAAUUGGAUCAUUCGGGAUUCCGCUGGUUAGUUAUUUCUCCACUUGUUCCUGCCUCAGCGAUAAGAGAGAAUAUCCCACGUUUUUUAGAACUAUCCCCAGCGACCAGUACCAGUCCAAAAUUCUCGCUGAGCUGGUGAAAAGUUUUGGCUGGACUUGGAUUGGAACUAUUAGAAGCAACACCGAUUACGGUAUUUUUGGAAUGCAAGGAUUUGUGGAACAUGUUGAAAAGUUUGGAGUUUGCAUUGCCUACUCUGAAUCAUUUUAUAGGACUGACCCGCUGGAGAAAAUCAGCAAAAUAGUCGAGGUGAUUAAACAGGCAUCCACCAAAGUGGUGGUGGCCUUUGUACACGUUGGUGAUAUGCGAAUUUUAUUGCAAGAAAUUUGGCGCCAAAAUGUCACCGGUAUACAGUGGAUUGGAAGUGAGGGUUGGGUGACAGAAGAUCUUCUCCCGCCUAAAGAAAGAGGAAUCUAUCUCGCCGGGACAAUUGGUCCAGCCAACCGCAGGACCGAGAUAGCUGAUCUCAGAGACUAUCUUCAGAACGUCCAUCCUUCCAACUUUCCUGGCAACAUUCUGGUAACAGAAUUUUGGGAGAAUUUAUUCACCUGCUCUUUUACGACACACAACCGCACCAAUACUACAAAUCAAUAUCGACAAUGCACAGGAGAAGAGCAGAUGGAAGGGAUGGAAAAUGCUUACCUUCCGGCGAUAAUGGACGGGAGUUCAUACCACGUGUAUAAAGCGGUCUAUUCCAUAGCGCACGCACUACAUGAUCUGUUGACCUGUGCGGAAGGUGACGGUCCCUUUACAAAUAAUACAUGCGCGCAUAUCGCAAAUUUUGAGCCGUGGCAGUUGCUGCACUAUCUCCGCACCGUGAACUUCACAGUGAAAACUGGAGAAACCGUACAUUUUGAUGAAAAUGGUGACCCAGUGCCAAGAUACGAAUUUGUGAAUUUACAAAGGAAUAUCAAGGGGAGCAUUGACAUUGUAAACAUUGGAUAUUAUGAUGGUUCGGCUCCGCAAGGGCGCGAAGUAACGAUGAAUAUCGGAGAUAUCGAGUGGAGCACGACUGCAAAUACGAUCCCACGAGCAAUUUGCUCAGAACUCUGUCUUCCUGGAACAAGAAAAGUAAGCCGGAAAGGGCAGCCGAUAUGUUGUUUUGACUGUGCAGAGUGCGCUGAUGGUGAGAUCAGCAACGUCACUGAUUCCACUGAUUGUAUAAAGUGUCCCUCAGAAUACUGGUCCAAUCAUGGAAAAACCCAAUGUGUUCGCAAGAAAGUUGAGUUUCUUUCUUUUCAUGAAGUUAUAGGGUUUGUAUUACUGAUACUUGCUCUUGUGGGAGUGUGUUUUACAUUGGCCACUGCUGCGAUUUUCUACCGGUAUCGAGAAACUCCCAUGGUCAAAGCGAACAACUCCGAACUCAGCUUCCUGCUACUCUUCGCCCUCCUGUUUUGCUUCAUUUGCUCGCUCGCGUUCAUUGGUAAACCAUCGGGCUGGUCCUGCAUGUUGCGCCGCACGGCUUUUGGAGUUGUCUUUGUUCUCUGCAUUUCCUGCAUCUUGGGGAAAACUAUCCUUGUCGUAGUUGCCUUUAAAGCAACACUGCCCAACAGCAGCGUGAUGAGCUGGUUCGGACCGGCACAGCAACGACUGGGCGUCAUUGUACUUACCUUUUUGCAAAGUUUAGUUUGCGUUGUUUGGCUGAGCGUGUCACCUCCCUACCCCUUGAAAAACAUGAGCUAUUAUCGAGACAUCAUCAUUCUAGAAUGUGACGUGGGCUCUUUGACCGCCUUUUAUUUAGUAUCGGCCUAUAUUGCUCUGUUGUCUAUUGUGUGCUUAGUGCUUGCUUUCCUUGCCCGGAAACUUCCCGACAGCUUCAACGACGCCAAGUACAUCACUUUCAGCAUGCUGAUCUUUUGCGCUGUUUGGAUAACUUUUAUUCCAGCUUAUGUGAGCUCUCCAGGAAAGUACACUGUGGCUGUAGAAGUGUUCGCCAUUUGGGCAUCAAGUUUCGGUCUUCUCGUCUGCAUUUUUGCACCGAAAUGUUACAUUAUUUUACUGAAACCGGAGAGUAAUACAAAGAAGCAUAUGAUGGCGAAAGGGUCUUCAAUGUAA